UUUGUGAGGAGGCGAAGGAGGUGGCGGCGGUGGUGGUGGAGGUGGUGUGGGCGGCGGUGGCGGAGAAGAAGCAGCAGCAGAAGGAGAGUGACACUCUAAGAAGCAGGAACGACGAGGUGGGGAGCCGACGACGAGGAGGAGACAGGAGUGGGUGGCGAGUGGCCGGUGUGGCCGGGGAUGAUGUCCGCGCCCAGCAUCGAGCAGAGACCAAAAGGACAAGGGAAUAAAGUUCAAAAUGGAACCGUGCAUCAAAAGGAUGGGGUGACUGAUGACGAGUUUGACGCCUACCUUGGUACCCAGACCAACCAGGGUAACAGCUACCCCCGGAUGUCCGAGUCCUACAUGCCCAGCUACUACGGUCCCUCAAUGGGAUUCCCGUCGUACUCUCUAAGCGAGGCGCCCUGGUCAACGGGCGGGGAUCCCCCCAUGCCGUACCUCCCCACCUACGGACAGCUGAGUAACGGGGAGCACCACUUCUUGCCGGACACGAUGUUCGGGCAGCCAGGUGGGCUGGGUAGCACCCCCCCUUACUUGAGCCAGCACGGCGCCUUCAGCUUCUUCCCCAGCAGCGGCGUGGACUUCUCCGCCUGGGCUACCAGCACCUCCCAGCCGGCGCAGUCGCAAAGCUCCCCGUACAGCAGCAGCUACGGCUACCCGCCGGCGCCCGGCUCUGCUCCCCUCAUGGACGGCUCGGGAGGCUUCCACGGUGACGCGCUGGGCAACAAGCUGGUGCCUCCACCCAUGAUCAACAGCAUCGAGCAGGGUAUGACCGGACUCAAGAUUGGCUGCGGCGUCGGCGUUGUCGGUGCCCCCGCCGAACUGGCCAAACCGGCGCACGCCGCCGUGGGCAGCCCAGUUGUUGGCAGCGGUGUCGCUGUGGGGGGUGGAAUGCCUGUGCAGGCCACAGCGACCCCGCAGCCGCCCGUGUCGCAGCCCAAGCCCACGUCCUGGGCGGCCAUUGCCAGCAAGCCGGCAAAGCCCCAGCCCAAGCUCAAGCCCAAAUCGGGGCCUGGUUCUGCCAACGUGGUCCCGGUUGCAGCCGCUUUGCCGCCACCGCCCAUCAAACACAACAUGGACAUCGGCACCUGGGAUAAUAAAGCGCCCCAGAGCAAGGCAUCUCCACCGCACCAGCACCAACACCAGCAGUUGCAGCAGCAGCUGCAACAACAGCAGCAGCAGCUGCAACAGCAGCUGCAACAACAGCAACAACAACAGCAUCAGGUGCAGCACGUGCCACUUCACAUGGCUGCACCGCCACCUCAGCCAUCUCCACCCCAGCAGAUGCAGCAGCAGCCCAUGGUGCAGCCUCCCAUGCCGGGCCAGCAGCAGACCUUCCAGAUGGCGUAUGGCCACGUGGGGCCGCCGCCACAGCAGCAGCACUUGCUGCCCUCGCAGUCGCCACAGCAGCAGCAUCAUCAUCAUCAGCAGCAGCAGCAUCCGCAGCAGCAUCCGCAGCAUCUGCAGCAGCCACUGCAGAACCGCUGGGUGGCGCCGCGCAACAGGACUGGGGACGGCCCCCCCACGGUGAACGUGCCGGGCCUGAUUCCCAUCAGCGUGGCGCAGCCGGGCCUGGGCCAAGAGGUGCACCCGGUGCUGGAGAAACUCAAGUCCAUGAACAGCUACAACCCCCGUGACUUUGACUGCAGCCCCAAGAAUGCGCGCGUGUUUAUCAUUAAGAGCUACUCGGAGGACGAUAUCCACCGCUCUAUCAAGUACUCUAUCUGGUGCAGCACGGAGCAUGGCAACAAGCGACUUGAUUCUGCUUACCGCUCCUUGCAGAGCAAAGGGCCCAUCUACCUGCUGUUCAGCGUCAACGGGAGCGGACACUUCUGCGGUGUGGCCGAAAUGAUGUCGCCAGUGGACUACCAGACGUGUGCCGGCGUGUGGUCGCAGGACAAGUGGAAGGGCAAAUUCGAGGUGAAGUGGAUCUAUGUGAAGGACGUGCCCAAUGCCCAGCUGCGCCACAUCCGGCUGGAGAACAACGAGAACAAGCCGGUGACCAACUCGCGCGACACACAGGAGGUGCCGCUCGAGAAGGCCAAGCAGGUGCUGAAGAUCAUUGCCGCGUACAAGCACACCACCUCCAUCUUCGACGACUUUGGCCACUACGAGAAGCGCCAAGAGGAGGAGGAUAACCUCAAGAAGGAACGUCAGACCCGUACCAAAUAGCGUGCGGAGCUUGGCGACGCGCCACUGGAACUUGUGCUGACACUGUGCAGGCUUGGAGAAGUGAAGCUUUGCUAAUAUAGCAGCACUGCACCAAGAGAUGAUGACGACGACGAUGGUGAUGAAGGGGGAAAAAAAGCAGCUGCUUCCUUGUGCGUUCAGUGGUAUCUCGCUUCUGUCUUUAACGCUGUCCCUUUGAAGCGUAGUAGCAAAUAAACGGUAUAGAUGGUCGUAUAUACCUAAUUACUAUGACUAUUAAUCUCGUGAAUGGUUCACAAAAAUGUUGAUUAAAAAAAUCUUUCAUUGAUUUUGUUUUUGGAGACUGACCUGAUAUCCAUGUCGUACCCAUUUUUUAAAAUAACUCUAUUGUAGUUUUUUGCUAUUUUUGUGAUGUGUAAUCUGAAUCUCAUUUUGCGGCUGUGAUUUGUGUAAGCAGUGAUACUAUGCAUACAUUUGUGUGGCCACAAUAGAGAAUACAUGCUCCAGGAAUGAAGCUGAAUGACUGAUUUACUGUAGUUUGCUACUUCAAUGCUUGCUGGUAAUCGAAAGAAACCGUCUUUCAUUUAAUGUAUUUUAUCUUUGAUUUUUUUUGGGUUUUGAGGACUGACGCAGGGACACCCCUUCUUGGAAAAAAUCGUAGAUGGUCAAAAGGAGAAAAAAGAGUGAAAAAAUUACAUUCACCGUGUUUUGCCGAUGACUUUAAAAAAAAGACUGGAUUCAGACUUUUGAAAUCGUACUGUUGGACCUUGGUGACAGAAACUCCAACCACACACACACACCAUCGUGCUUUUCAGCAUCAUUGUUGACUUGCCAAAGUGGCUCCCUCCUCUCAACCCCAAGGUCUCUGAGCCGCUCGCUCAGAUAAACAACAUGGCCGGGGAGAACAGUGGCGUUGGUUUUCUUCUCUUAGAAAACGUUAGCCUUAAUAAACACAAUAUCCUACUUAGCAAAGCA